AUGGCUGCACAGUCGCAACAGUUGUCGCUUCCUCUCGCCGGCAGAGUCGCUAUUGUCACCGGUUCUUCUCGUGGUAUCGGUAGAGCGAUUGCGAUUCACCUCGCUGAACUCGGUGGGAGGAUCGUUGUGAACUACACAACUAAAUCUGCUGACGCUGAGCGUGUUGCGGCGGAGAUCAACGAACUUCCAGCUAACGAUGGUAUCAUUGGGAAGGGACCAAGAGCGAUUGUGGUUAAGGCAAAUGUUUCCGAGGAAAUUCAGGUGAAAUCGCUUUUUGAUGAGGCGGAGAAGGCGUUUGAGUCGCCGGUUUAUAUUCUGGUUAACUCGGCGGGAGUUCUCGAUCCUAAGUACCCUUCGAUUGCAGACACAACGGUUGAAGAUUUUGAUCGCACUUUCAGUGUGAAUACAAAAGGGGCGUUUCUGUGCAGCAAGGAAGCUGCCAAUAGGCUCAAACAAGGAGGCGGUGGUCGAAUCAUACUCCUCACAUCUUCCAUGACCCGAGGUUUGAAACCUGGAUUCGGUGCCUAUGCAGCGUCAAAAGCAGCUGUGGAAACUAUGGUCAAGAUCCUUGCGAAAGAGCUCAAAGGAACAGGGAUCACUGCAAACUGCGUAGCUCCAGGACCCAUUGCCACUGAGAUGUUCUUUGAAGGAAAGAGCUCGGAGUUGGUGGAGAAGAUAGCCGCAGAGUCUCCUUUUGGGCGGGUCGGCGAAGUCAAAGACGUGGUGCCGCUUGUUGGGUUCUUAGCUGGCGAUGGUGGUGAAUGGAUCAAUGGUCAGAUCAUUCCUGUUAAUGGUGGUUAUGUGUAA